AUGGACACUGCGGAGGUAAUUCUCUCUGUGUUGGUGGUUGUGAUUAUUAUAGUGUCGUUGCUGUCCAACAUCCUGGUGCUGAUCUGCUUUCUGUAUAACCCGGAGAUCCGCAAGCAGGUCCCCGGUCUGUUCAACCUCAACCUCACCUUCUGCAACUUGUUGCUGACCGUGUCCAACAUGCCGCUCACUUUGGUGGGACUUGUCAGUAAGGCUCAGCCAGGGGGUGACGGCUUUUGCCAGAUUAUGGGCUUCCUGGAGACCUUCCUGUCCACCAACUCUAUGCUGAGCAUGGCAGCUCUGAGCAUCGACAGGUGGAUCGCUGUGGUGUUCCCCCUUAGAUACCACUCCAAAAUGCGCCACAAAGACGCCGCUUUUGUCCUCGGGUACACGUGGGCGCACUCCAUGUCCUUCUCCACGGUGGCCACCUGCCUCUCCUGGGUGGGAUACCACCGCCUUUACGCGUCCUGCACCCUGUCCAACCCGAGGGCGAGCAGUCGGACCCAGUUUGUUAUCUUCACCGUCUUUUUCCACUCCUUCACCUUUCUGCUGUCUUUUAUAGUGCUGUGUGUCACAUACCUCAAAGUGCUUAAAGUGGCAAGGUUUCACUGUAAGAGGAUCGACGUUAUUACAAUGCAAACUUUGGUGCUGCUGGUGGAUAUACACCCCAGUGUUCGCCAGCGUUGCUUGGAGGAGCAGAAGAGACGACGGCAGCGAGCGACAAGGAAGAUCAGCACCUUCAUCGGCACCUUCAUGCUCUGCUUCGCUCCCUAUGUGAUCACAAGGAUCGUGGAGUUAUUUCCAGCGGUGCCUAUCAACCCUCACUGGGGAAUUGUCUCCAAGUGUUUAGCUUACAGCAAGGCAGCCUGCGACCCCUUUGUGUACUCUCUGCUUCGACACCAGUACAAGAAGACAUGCGCUGACAUUACCAACAGGCUGCUGAAGCGUAGCUCUUUGAACGCAUCAGGACGCGGGCACGAGAGUCAAGGUAACAGCAUACCGACGGUAGAGUGA